UAGGCGCGUAUCCCUGUCAAAAUACACAGAGCAUGAAUCUAUUGUUGUAUUUGUGCGUUUACCAUCAGCACAUCGUGCUCCUGGGGCAGUUCUGUAUCGUGUGAAAGAGUCCAGCUCCACAUAAAUUGUUAAUUAGUGCUUUGAAAUUAACUUUUGAAAUCCUUGAGUUUGCCGUGGUGAGUCUGUACAGAAGGUAAAUACAAGCAGCUAAACGCGCCCUGUCAAGUUUGAUCGACUUUCCCACUGAGAAACACAAGAGUCAGUACGUUCCACUAGAGCUGUCGGUGGAGUCGCCUUCGCUUUGACGCGUAGCUGUGGUUUCGUGAGUUUAACUGCGAGCAGAUCGUCACUCAAAAGGUGAAAACAAAUUCCGAUGUUUAAUUGAACCCAGCAGUGACGUACGUCGUUCAUCUCACAUCAUUUCAACAAAUUCACGUUCAAGUUCUUGAUUUACAGAAGUGUUUUGCGUUCAGUUCAAAGUUCGCUGAAAAAUGAACGUGUUCAAUGAACUUUUGAACUCGUUCAUGCACAACACUGUUGUGUCCACAUGAGUGUAAUGCUGUGUCUUUAGGCUGUCUGGAUGUCUGGUCUCAGAGAGGGGCGGGGCUGCUCUGGCCUCAGCUCUGAGCUCCGCCCCCUCCCACCUCAGAAGAGUUCGACCUGAGCUACAACCAUCCAGGACCCUCCGCCGAGCUCCUGACCGCUCUACAGGACCAGCGCCCCCUGCUGUCUGUCAGGUUGGAUCCUGCUGGAGAGCGCUGGAUGGUUCCAGGUCUGAGGAAGUACUCCUGUGACGUUUCUCUGGACCCAAACUCAGCUCACAGACUUCUGCUUCUGUCUGAGGACCAUCGGACUGUGACACAAAUGAAGGAGGAGCAGGAGUAUCCAGAUCAUGAGGACAGGUUCACAGACUGGAGACAGGUCCUGAGCUGCACUGGCCUGAGGGGGCGCUGUUUCUGGGAGGUGAAGUGGAGCGGGAGGGUGGAAAUAGCUGUGAGUUACGGAGGGAUUGGACGGAGAGGACGGGAACUGGAUAAUGUGUUUGGAUUCAAUGAUCAGUCCUGGUGUCUGUGGAUCUAUGAUGGUGGAGAGUACCGUGUCUAUCACAACAGCAACACAACACGACUCCACCGCUUCUGUCACUCAGAGAGAGGGGGCGAGUUCUCGGGCAGAGUGGCCUUGUUCCUGGACUCUGAGGCUGGAGCUCUGUCCUUCUAUGAGGUCUCCUCUGUUGGAGAACUGUUCCACCUCUGGACCUUCUCCUCGUCCUUCUCUGAGCCUCUGUUUCCAGGGUUUGCACUGAAUGAAGAAGGUUCCUCUGUGACUCUGGUGAAAGAGACGAGACUAAACAGAAGAGAAACUGGACUUGUCCCACGAUGACGACACAACAAUGACAACCAAUGAUAAAGAGAAAUAAGAACUAAAUGGAGCUUCAGUGUCACUGCUGAAGUUUGAUUUAGACUGAAAUAAAAACUCAAAACCUAGAAACUGAACAAGACCAAAGCCACUGGACUGGGGACAGUUCUUCACUUUGGAUCUAACUGUUUUGGACCAGAAAGUUCUGUUGGGUUUAGCUAAAUCGGGGGGGGGGCAAGUGACUCUGUGGGGUAUUAACUGUAACACAUAUACACACAUGUUUAGAUCACCAUGUGCCUUUUAUUGUUUUAUAAUUCUAUAUUCGCCCAAAACAAUGUAUUCACGUUUUAUACAUUUCACUUUUUGUAUUUGUUGUGUAAUGUCAUCACAAACUGCUCGUGUUCAGCUGACAGGGGCUGACAUUCCGAUGUGCCUUGUUCCUUUAGUUGAUGUUCUUGGUGUUUUCAUUUGCCCUUUGUCGUGUCUGCUUGUGUUUUGGAGUUGUUCUUACAGUGUGUUGAUGUUUUUUCGCAUCCUGUGUGUCGUUCCUCUGAGCUUCUAAACCCUGUGUCCUCCUCUGGACUUUGUGGCUCCAGUGUCCGUGUCCAUUUCGGAUUUUGGCUGAAUUUUUGUUAUAAUAAAGACCUUUAAGAGCA